GCUGGAGGCGAGGAGCGGGCGGGCGCUGCAGCUGGAGCUGGACGCGAGGAGCGGGCAGCGGGCGCUCGAGCGGCGGCAGCAGUUAAAAUUCAAAUCGCUCCAACGUUCGUCCGCCUGACGCCCGUGAGCCGCCGGGGAACCGGGCGCUCGCUCGCUCGCUUGUUUUUACGCGCUCGUUUUCUUUUUUGAUCUUUUUUUCUUGACGGGAUCGUGUGGAUUUAAACACAACACAGCACAGCACAACACAAGUACCAAAAGCGGGGGCAGCAGGAUCUUGACACUUGGUGUUUGGGUCUGUGUGUGUGUGCAGCGCUCGGGGGGAGGCGGUGUUGUUGUGGAUAAGCCCGCCCUCCCUCCCCUCACGCCUCCUGCCUGCCUCUGCCUCUGCCUGCCGGCCGGCCGGCCUCGGUGUCUUUGUGUGCAGGGGGGCCGGUGUGUGAUGGAGGACCAGUCCCGGCUGCUGCAGCCUCACCCCGGGGUGGCUCUGUCGGUGCACUCGCUGCCCCCUCACUCGCAGGUGGACGUCGGUGACCCCGAGGGACGGAAGCAGGACAUCGGCGACAUCCUGCAGCAGAUCAUGACCAUCACUGACCAGAGCCUGGACGAGGCGCAGGCCAGGAAACAUGCGUUAAACUGUCACAGGAUGAAACCAGCUCUCUUCAGCGUCUUGUGCGAAAUUAAAGAAAAAACAGUGCUGAGUAUUCGCGGUGUCCAAGAAGAGGAGUCUCCAGAUCCGCAGUUGAUGAGACUGGACAACAUGUUGCUGGCAGAAGGAGUGUCCGGCCCUGAGAAGGGCGGAGGGUCGGCUGCAGCGGCGGCUGCGGCGGCAGCAUCCGGCGGUUCACCGAAUGAGAGUUCCAUCGAGCACUCUGACUACAGAGCCAAACUCACACAAAUACGACAGAUUUACCACUCGGAGCUGGAGAAGUAUGAGCAGGCCUGUAGUGAAUUCACCACACACGUUAUGAACUUGCUUCGUGAACAGAGUCGGACCAGGCCGAUUUCACCAAAGGAGAUUGAGCGUAUGGUUUCUAUUAUCCACCGCAAAUUCAAUUCCAUUCAGAUGCAGCUGAAGCAGAGUACAUGUGAAGCAGUGAUGAUCCUGCGAUCUCGAUUCCUUGAUGCAAGGCGAAAACGACGUAACUUCAGCAAACAGGCUACGGAAGUCUUGAACGAGUAUUUCUACUCUCACCUGAGUAAUCCCUAUCCUAGUGAGGAAGCCAAAGAGGAACUGGCAAAGAAAUGUGGUAUCACAGUGUCACAGGUGUCGAAUUGGUUUGGUAAUAAACGGAUAAGGUAUAAGAAGAAUAUUGGAAAAUUCCAGGAGGAGGCCAAUCUUUAUGCAGCCAAAACCGCUGCAGAUGCCACAACUGUGGUAGCUCAGCAAGGGAGUCAAGCAAAUUCUCCUUCCACGCCCAAUUCAGGCAGUAACAGAAAGGCAAACUACAAUGGACGUUGCAAAUCUGAAACACAAACAGAAAAUACUUCAGGUUCUUCUGGUUCUUUUAACAUGCCAAACUCUGGAGACUUAUUCAUGAACAUGCAGUCACUGAAUGGGGAUUCUUACCAGGGUUCUCAAGUUGGAGCUAACGUACAGUCACAGGUGGAUUCCCUGCGUCAUGUUAUACACCAGACAGGCGGAUACAGUGAUGAUAUGACAGGAAGCCAGAUGUACACCCCAAGGCGUAUAGACGUUAAUGGCAGCUGGCAGGAUGCUACUACCCCAUCUUCUGUGACUUCUCCCACUGGAGGACCUGGUAGUGUCAACUCCGACACCUCCAACUGAUGAGUAGUCAGUGGUCAUCUACUCCCAUUGGUUUUCAAUUCACUAGGCCUGUUGGAUGAGAAGAACGUGAUUCCAACCUGAUUUCAUUAGAAGGAUCUUGGGAUACUUACCUGGGUAGAAGCUCCCUGCCACCUAUAUGUAAAUAUAGUAUGACAAGAAAAGGUAUUUAUACAUUUUUCACACAAUUGAGUGCAGCCCAAUUACCUCACUGUAAAACCCUUUUGAAACCAAUCGAGGAAUGCUUCCUGUCUAGGUUACAGUGCUUACACACUACCUCUCAGCAAUACACACUAGACCUUCUCAUACUUUAGUCACGAUGUUACAUUUGUGAGUUUUAACCUAUCUGUCCCUUCAAUCUGUGUUGCAAUGUUUGUUUUAACUCAGCCUCACCAGUCAGCUGUGUUAGGAAAAGGUUAUUUUAACAGUCUGAUGCAUGAAAGUAAAGCCCAACUUAUUCCUGCUUUUCAAAGUUCCCGCUCUUACUGAGCAGUGUUUAGCUGUGUUUAUUUUAUAGGUUGAAGUGACUGCAGAAACAGACAUUGAACCCUACACUGACCAUGCGAUUGUGUUAGGGCAUGCUGAUCUAAUAAACUAAUGCAGACUGACGUGUUAGUCUUAGUGUCCGACUAGAUAUUAGUACUAGUUUUAAGAGAUCAGCUCAGAAUCUGGCUAGAAAACACAAUAUUUCUCAGGGCUGACCUUGGAUCAUUUCAUCUUCAAGCUUGGCUACAGUGGGAUGAAGGAUGUUUCACCAGUAGCACCAAUGUAUUUGAAACAGGUGUUUCAAUAACAUGUACAGACACUGUCUCAGCAAAAUGGACUGCUAUAGUAUAAAUAUAAAUCAUUGUGCAAAAUAAUUUAAGGAACGACCUCAGUUGCUGUGUGGAAGGUCUCUGUUGGUGACUGGACUGACUUAAACUAGUCUGCACUUGCCUGUGUGAUAGUGUGGAUGCAGUGAGGUGACAUUGUACCUGCUGACAGCUGUUGCUGUUCUGCACAGUGUGAAUGUUAACAAUGGCCAAAGUCCUUUAAUUCAUGUUUUCUUAAAACGGAGAAUAACAAUGAAAAAUAAAAGAAUGGAUUUUGUUACUUAUUGUGACCUUAUGUAAUCUGUAAUUCCAUUCCUUAGUUAUGCUUUAUCAAAAACCUGCUUUUCUGGAGCCCUGGUACCAACUAGGGCCUUUUGUUUCCAGUGAGGGGUGGGAAGGGAGAACUAUGGACAUUUAUUGGAAUGAUAAAGCCCCAACACGUCAGAGUUAACAGCAGGAGCCAAACAUUUCUUUCAAUUGGGACAUAGAGGUCUACCAUACCGAUAACUGUUUGAAAUGUUGGAAAAGUUCUCUUUAGGUAAAGUGCUGUCAGGAUUGCAGGAAUUAUGUUUUUUUCAUUGGAAUUUUAUAAAUCUAUUUGCAAGCCUGGAGUUGUGGCGUUCCUGAAAACCAACCCCUUUUUGUAGUCGCCUCUGUGUGCAAUUAAUAUCUAUCCAAAUCUACACCGCCUGUACCAAAAAUCUCCAUCACAUUCAGACGCUCACACUAAAAGUACACGUGGUUCAGCUUUACUAACUUUUUUAAUCUUCUGUUUCUGGCGUUCUGUGUCUUGAUGGUUGUGAUGUUUGAACUUUUGAAAUUUGAUGUUAUUGUACAAAUUCUAAAUCCCAAAGGUAAUUUUUACUCUGUGAGCGCGCUGACUCAGUUACUGUAAAUGUAAAGAAGUGACUGGUUGAAGUUUCAACAGGGCUCUGUCCCAGAAAGCUUCCCGAUCUCCUUUGUAAGAACAUUGCGUGGAAGCUGAGCUUUCUGUCUGCUGCAGGACUCCUUUCUGCCCCUGAAUGUUACGUGUUUUGCUAUGAAUGUAUUCAGUCCCACGAAGCUUUAGGCCGGCGUCACUGUGUGCAUUGGUCCGAGGUGAUCUGUGCUGUCUUUGGAUUUGAGUUGAGGGACAGACUGCUGAAGCUCAGUGUGCAAAAUGCCAAAAGUGCAGGAGUGAAAAGGAACAGGAAAUCCAGGACUACUGGGAGACCAGCAAAAAACAGCCAGUCGCUCCCAAAAACUUUGAAGCCUUUAAAAUACAGUCUUCUGCGUGUUAUUUUUAAAUUAGAGGAGCUUUUUAUUGGUUUUCAAUGUAGUUUUCAACGCAGAAGGUUUGUACAAAUCGGAUGGAAAUCUUUCUGAUGUAAUGCGAACACCAUAGCAUUUGGACAAGCUGCUGUUACAGCCGACAACCACAGGAGGGGGCAGCUGGCACUCCCAGAUCCGCACUGAUCACUUUAGACCUCGCCGCAAGAUGCUGUUUGCCUGUCUGCCACUAAAACAAGACUACAAAAAUCAAACUACAAUCACUGUGUGUGCUGCACAUGCCCUCUGUUUACAAUGUUUCAUAUUAAUGUCUAACAGUGGCGUGCCCUUUCCAACCUGUCUGCCGAAAAAGUCCGACAGUCCUGAUUAUUUUAUUUCAAUGUAAGAAUGAAGCAAUGUAAAAGUCCAAUCUGUGAUUGUGAUCCACGACCACACAUCAAUUCCCAAUGCGAAAUACAAGUGAUUUCUGUUUAUACAGAUGGAUGGGGAAAAGAUUUAAUGAUAUAAAUACCAGGGUUACUGUGUCAACAUUAGUCUGUUUUUCAAUCAGGUUGAAGGAGUUGGUAAUAUUUUUAACAAAAGGUGUUUUCUCAGUGGAAUUUCACUGACUGACCAGCAAGAAAAGUGUUCAAUGUUCAGUUUUCCAAGUAUAUCCUGACUUUGGGAAUGGGUGGUAUUUUUUGCAAUCGAUUGAGAUCAUAAAUAUGACAGCCCUGUUAUUUUAUAAAUUGCUUCCACUUGAAAAUUUGUUUUUCAUAUUCCCCCCCCCACCCCGUGGUGUUUUUUAUGGGGGGGGGGGGUGAGAAAUGGACUAAGCUGAAAUGAGAAUUGUUGCCCCCAGACAUCUGUUUAAAUAGAAUUCUAUUGUAUUAAAUUUUAUUUUUUAAAGAUAUUAAACUUGCUUUUUACACUUUUAGGAUGUAACUACACGCACGCUGGGUCCUUUCUCAGUUACUGGAAUGGGUUCAUGCCUUUGCAAACUUUUCCUUCAAACCAUGUAUGUACCAUGUUAACAGUUCAAUAGCAAUUUGGAGAAAAAAAAACAUGUUAAGGAAGAGGUGUAUUGCGUUUUUAUUUGUAUGGUUAACAUGAAACAGAAUAAAAUGUUUCUUUUGCCACAAA